AUGAACGUGGACCUUGUACCCUGGCGAAUCCCAUCCAGUGCGAAUGUUGAUCUUCUCCGGCAGUGUGACGAGGGCAUUCCCGCCUGUGGCAAUUGUAGUAGGACUGGUACCUCCUGUCUUGUCCAAGACCCCCAGACCAAAAGACACCGUCCUCGCAACCACGUGGAAUGGCUCGAGGAGCGCGUCGCCAGUCUAGAAGGUCGCGACCAACGGGACCCUUCAGACUCUUCGCAGACUCCCCGUUCGGUGACUUCAUGCAACGACCCCGACAGCGCCCAGUCGAACGCCUGCACGCAUGGGCGAGCGGACAGAGCGAACGAUUUGGCCUCGAGAGUCGGCAUGUUGGACUUCCGAACAACCCAGAUGGAGCCGCAGUAUCUAGGCUCUUCGUCCGCGUUCGCUUUCUCGCACAUCAUCAACCGCUCGCUCAGUCGGGAUCUCCCCGUUGAACAAGGCUCAGGCGCCGUGGGUAACAGACGUCAGUCAUCGCCGUCACCGUGUAUGCUGCCUGAAUAUGAUGUCGCAGUAGCGCUGAGUGAUGCCUAUUUCAAAUACAUUCAUCCACAGUAUCCCUUCCUCCAUGAACCGACGUUCCGGGCAUGGGAAACAACACUUUACUAUCCACCUGAAGAUUUCACCGCAGAUAGCCUCCCUUCGGCAGCAUUGUUCUUCCUCAACAUGGUGUAUGCUGUCGCUGCUCUGCUCCAAUCUAAAACCCAGUCCUCGGCUGAACAAUUCUACCUGUCCGCUCAGCUCUACGCCGACGUGCUAUCGAAUGAUAACCUCAAGUCCAUUCAAGCCCUGCUGUGCUACGCCAUGUACUCUCUCCGCUCUCCGACUGGCCCAUCCCUAUGGAAGAUAUCCGGCCUCGCACUGCGCCAAUGUAUCGAACUGGGCUACCACCGGGGCUCCAAGCGACUCGUCCCGACCGCCAAUCCCCUCCAGCGAGAAAUGCGAAAAAAGGUCUUUUGGGUUGCCCAGGGAAUCGAUUGCACCAUCGCUCUGAGACUGGGCCGGCCUCUAGGUAUUGCAUUGCGGGAAGUGGACGCUGAGUUUCCGUCGGAUGUCGACGACUCUUCCAUCACGGAGGCUGGAAUCACUUGUCCCUGCAGGACCGACAACAGUCAGCCGUUAACAACAAUGUCGACCGCCAUACAUGUGUUCAAGCUCCGGCGCAUCUGGAGUCGAAUCCACACCUCGCUCUUCUCAGACGUAUCCCGUUCAAAUUUCGAAGCCGACGAAUACGUUUCUCGGAUUGAGCAACUACGGGCAGACCUGGACGACUGGCUGGCCACAGCCCCCCCGUCUCGGCCAGGGACGAAAGACGACCUGUCGAUCUUUUCGAUAAGCACCUGGUAUGAAUUGAACUAUGACUACACGAUACUCCUCCUCUACCGCGACCGACUAGCGGAGUAUAAAGACUCGUCUCGUCGUAUGUUCGACGAGUGCCUGCGAGCGUCCAGGAACAUCUGCCAGGGUUAUCGCCAGUUAUAUAUCGGCACAGCCGUGCGGUACACCUGGGGAACUCUUCACUGUCUCUUCUUGGCUGGUUUGACAUACCUGCAUUGUCUUUGGACGUCGCCGACGAUCCGGGCAUCGGUGCGGCUAGAAGACGUGACUAAGACAUGCACAGAUUGCACCAUGGUACUCGUGGCUAUAGCUGAAGGAUGGGAUGGAGCAGCCCCCUACCGCGAUACGUUCGAGGCUCUCGCCAAUCGUACGGUGACCAUGGUUAUCAACAGAUACCAAGAAGACCCGCCCCCACUCUCUCCGCCGGGUUCGUUCGAUCUGUCUGGUGAUGGGGACUGGGCACAUUUGAUAUAUGACAUGGCCGAGGCUGGGGCUUUGGAUGGGGUUGAGGGGCUUUCGGCGAGCUUUGUUAACAAUUUCAUUGUACAGCCUGAUAGUGGAGGGAGUUUAUAA